GUUAUGGUUUCUUAAUUACGGAUUACCAAAAUACAGAUAACGGGGUUUAGCACACGUGAAGAAAACAAAAGUAGAGGUUUUUUUUGGUAAUUGGAUAUUCUGUACAUAAAGCAUCGGAGAAAGAAAAACGAAUGACUGAAUAAAGCACUCGCCGCCGAUCUUCUAAUACUCGUUGAGAACAGCAUCCUUCAUCCUCGCCGGAAUAUUCUCUCCCCUUCCAUCGGAGUCGGCAACAUAUCUCAGCAUCAUAAGUAGCAUUUUCGUCUUUCGUCUUUGCGUCAUUGAUACUCCGAGAGGGAAGUUAGGGUUUCGAAAUGGGCGAUUCGCUGGAGAGGUUAGGAUCCGAGGAAGCAUUGGGACCAGAAUCGAGUAUAAUGAAGGAGGAAUUGUCUAUGGAUAUAGAUCCUCCGUUCAAGGAGAGUCUCGCUACCACAGAAGAUUGGCGAAAGGCUCUUGACAAGGUGGUUCCCGCCGUCGUCGUUCUCCGGACCAAUGCUUGCCGAGCAUUUGACACCGAGGCUGCUGGUGCAAGUUAUGCUACGGGCUUCGUCGUUGAUAAGCGUCGCGGGAUUAUUCUUACAAAUCGACAUGUUGUAAAACCUGGACCCGUGGUGGCUGAAGCUAUGUUUGUGAACCGUGAAGAGAUACCAAUCUAUCCCAUUUAUAGAGACCCUGUUCAUGACUUCGGAUUCUUCCGUUAUGAUCCUGCUGCAAUACAAUUUUUGAGCUAUGAAGAGAUUCCCCUUGCUCCGGAGGAUGCUUGUGUAGGACUAGAAAUCAGGGUUGUUGGUAAUGACAGUGGAGAGAAGGUGUCUAUUUUAGCUGGAACCCUUGCUCGACUUGACAGAGAUGCUCCGCAUUAUAAAAAGGAUGGAUACAAUGUUAACACAUUCUACAUGCAAGCUGCUUCUGGGACGAAAGGUGGUUCAAGUGGCUCCCCUGUAAUAAAUUGGCAAGGGAGAGCUGUCGCUUUGAAUGCUGGAAGCAAGUCAUCAAGUGCUUCUGCAUUUUUCUUGCCAUUAGAACGAGUUGUCAGGGCACUGGAAUUCUUACAGGAAGGAUUGGAUCUUACCACAAAUAAAUGGGAGGCUGUUACUAUUCAUCGUGGUACGCUUCAGGUAACUUUUCUCCACAAAGGAUAUGAUGAAACUCGCCGGCUUGGCCUCCUUAGUGCCACAGAGCAGUUGGUGCGCAAUUCCUCUCCACCCAGUGAGACUGGAAUGCUUGUCGUUGAUUCUGUGGUACCUGGUGGCCCAGCUCACAAUCAUUUGGAGCCUGGUGAUGUGCUUGUUCGUAUGAAUGGGGAGGUGAUUACUCAGUUCCUGAAGAUGGAGACUUUACUUGAUGACAGUGUUGGGCAGAAAGUUGAGCUUCAAAUAGAAAGGGGUGGAACCUCAAUGACAGUGGAACUAUUGGUUCAGGAUUUGCAUUCAAUUACUCCUGACCGCUUCUUGGAAGUCAGUGGUGCAGUUAUUCAUCCCCUUUCUUAUCAACAGGCUCGAAAUUUCCGCUUUCACUGUGGUCUUGUCUACGUGGCAGAAACAGGAUAUAUGCUAUUUAGAGCAGGAGUUCCUCGCCAUGCCAUCAUUAAAAAAUUUGCCGGAAAAGAUAUAUCGACCCUUGAAGAAUUAAUUUCUGCUUUAUCCAAGUUGUCUAGGAGUGCAAGAGUACCAUUGGAGUAUAUAAGCUACAAUGAUCGUCACCGGAAAAAGUCUGUACUGGUCACAAUUGACCGCCAUGAAUGGUAUGCAUCUCCUCAGAUAUAUAAACGCGAUGACAGCUCUGGUUUAUGGACUGUGAAACUUGCCUUGCCACCUGAGUCUCCACUUCUAUUCUCUGGCAUUCAUCCAGGCAAACAAGAUUUGUCAAAUCAUAGUGUUUCUUCUUGUGCUACUGAGGUUAGUGCAAUGGAUCUUAGGCCUCAACAAGUCAGCCAAGAAUCAAUGGAUGGAGUUACCAAUACGGAGAUCAGUUGUGAUAAUGUUACAGUGGGACUAAACAGUCAGGAUGAUUCUGAUGCUGGAACUAAGAAACGGAGGGUGGAAGAAAACUUAUCUGCGGAUGGUGAUGUAAUAAUUGGCCGCUCUUUAAAUGGACAUAGAGAGGAAAGGUUUGAUGACUCUGGGGCCGUGGAGGAUCAAGGUGCUGCUCCUGUGGCUAAUAAUGCCUCUGUUGCUGAGCGUGCAAUAGAGCCUACCCUUGUUAUGUUCGAGGUCCAUGUACCAUCGUUAUGCAUGCUUGAUGGAGUUCACUCACAGCAUUUUUUUGGAACUGGUGCUAUCGUAUACCAUUCCCACAACAUGGGCUUGGUUGCAGUUGACAAAAACACUGUUGCAGUAUCAGUUUCUGAUAUAAUGCUAUCUUUUGCUGCUUUUCCUAUUGAGAUUCCUGGAGAGGUAGUUUUCCUCCACCCUGUCCAUAAUUUUGCUCUGGUUGCAUAUGAUCCUUCUGCUCUAGGAACUGCUGCUGCUUCUGCUGUUCGUGCUGCUGAACUUCUUCCUGAUCCUGCUCUUCGUCGUGGAGAUUCAGUGUAUCUUGUGGGAUUGAGCAGAAGUCUACAGGCAACUUCCAGAAAAUCGGUUGUGACCAACCCAUCUGCUGCUGUGAAUAUUGGUUCUGCUGAUUGUCCACGUUACAGAGCAACAAACUUGGAAGUGAUUGAGCUUGACACGGAUUUUGGAAGUACAUUUUCUGGUGUGCUGACUGAUGAGCGUGGCAGGGUUCAAGCUCUAUGGGGAAGCUUUUCAACGCAGCUCAAGUAUGGUUGUAGUUCGUCAGAAGAUCACCAAUUUGUCCGAGGUAUUCCAAUUUAUACCAUAAGCCAAGUCCUUGGCAAGAUUAUUUCCGGUGCCGACGGACCUCCUCGUCUUAUAAAUGGUUUGCAAAGACCUAUGCCUCGGUUAAGAAUAUUGGAAGUUGAACUUUACCCUACUUUGCUUUCCAAAGCUCGAAGUUUUGGACUCAAUGAUACUUGGAUCCAGGCCCUCGUAAAGAAGGAUCCCAUGAGACGCCAAGUAUUGCGAGUUAAAGGUUGCUUUGCUGGAUCUAAAGCUGAAAAUUUAUUGGAACAAGGCGAUAUGGUCUUAGCAAUUAAUAAAGAGCCAGUUACAUGCUUUCGUGACAUCGAACAUGCAUGCCAAUCACUAGACAGGUCUAAUGAUAGCGAUGGAAGACUUAACUUGACAAUCUUUCGUCAGGGCCAGGAAAUUGAACUGCUUGUGGGAACAGAUGUGAGGGAUGGAAAUGGAACAAGUCGUGCAAUAAGUUGGUGUGGUUGUAUCGUCCAAGAUCCUCAUCCAGCAGUACGUGCACUUGGAUUUCUUCCUGAUGAAGGCCAUGGAGUAUAUGUAGCAAGGUGGUGUCAUGGAAGUCCAGUACAUCGGUAUGGUCUUUAUGCUCUUCAAUGGAUAGUUGAAGUCAAUGGAAAACCAACUCCCUCUUUGGAUGCUUUUGUUGACGUCACGAAGACAAUAGAGCAUGGAGAGUUUGUCCGGGUACGGACAGUCCACCUGAAUGGGAAGCCUCGAGUACUUACAUUGAAGCAGGAUUUACACUACUGGCCAUCAUGGGAGUUGAGGUUUGAUCUGGAAACUGCUAUGUGGCGACGCAAAACAAUCAAAGCUUUGGACUCUGGUGUUUUGUGAAUUGAUUCAGCUGAUUAAGAUUUACCGUGGAAGUGCAUAAUUGGAGAGCAUGUUGAAAGUUCACCAGGUUUGUUGGUUAACAUCAAUAUAUGCAAAAUCAUAUCUGGCUUCAUUGCCUAUUUGUUGUAAAUUACUAUUUAUCUGAUGGAAUAAUUAGGAGUAUUUUAGACAUAGUUAUAGGUUCUAGAGCUAUACAUGAUUGUAUAUCUGAAGAUGUAAACGAUGAAUUAGGGGUUAGUUUUAGCCACCAGAUUUGUGGUGAUGCCCCCUUUUAGCCUAUAGGAUUAAAGCAUUUUUCUUCUGAAUUUAUUAUGUCAAUUUAGCUGACCAUGUUAGAUCCUAUUUAUGCCAGUGCAUGAUAUUUUAGAGUUGUA